GCACCGCCAGCACGUCCCCUCCCACGCCCCGAGAGCCGUCACGGUCCCCUGGGUGCACGGCAGCUCUCGGGCAGCGGUUUUUGGGGGCACGGGCGGAGCAGAGGUGGGCCCAAAUUCCUGGUGCUUGGGGAGAGCCUCCUCUUGCUCCUUCUCUGUCCUGACAUCCAUCUCUCCAUACUUCAGAGGCCUCUCCUCCAGGGAAUGGGGAGAGUCACAGCCAGCUUCAGGGGGUCCAAGGAGGAGUCUGCAGAGCCAAAGCUGCAGCAGCUUCCCCCCAGCCUUCAGCAAGGAGAUGGAGCACGUCCUGCGGGGCACGUGGUGACCGGGGGGACACAACGCUGGCCGAGUGGGAUUUGCCAAGGAGCACUGGGAACAAGUGCCCCCAUGGGCUGGGGACCUGGGGACAGCAACGGGGGACUUGUACCGUGACCCUUCAGGGCUGGGACACGGAGAGAUUGGCUGGUGGGAACAGGAGAGCAAGCGGCCGUGCUGGAUGGGCUGGGGGGACCUGGGACAAAUGUCCUGGCACAAAUGCCCAUCACAAAUGCCCAUCACAAAUGCCCUGGGGGUGGCUGGAGGGACACCAGGGUCCCAGCCCUCCCCAGGAGCCCCUGGGGAGUGACGAGGUGCAGGAGCUCAAGGUGCCACCCGGAGCCCCCUUCAGGUGCCAUCAGGGCGAACGCUUCCACCCCUGCGAUGCUCAGACCCCCUGCCUGGGGGUGCGCUGCCUCACCCAGUCCUGCUCAGGGGAUUUGGGUCUCCCUCAGCCCGCCGAGCCGCAGGGCUCAGCCCCACACCGCCGUGCACCCAGGGGACUGUGACGGCUCUCGGGGCGUGGGAGGGGACGUGCUGGCGGUGCUGGGGCUGCGGGGAGGGGGCCGGUCCCCGCGGCCGUGCCUCGCUGGUCCCAUCUGCCACAUCUCGCAGCCAACUUCUGCUUCUGCGAGCGCCGGCCUCACUUCUCCUUUGCACCCCGAGACGGGCGAGCGCCAGGCAGCGGGGCCACCCCACAGAGCCGGGUGGGAGCCAGCAGGGAUCGGGACUUGCCCAGCACCUUCCCGCAUGGCACAGAGCGUGCUCUACGCCGACCUGCGCUUCGCCAAGGGGCCAGGGGGCCGCGGCACGGCCAGCCAGGCGCUGGAGGCAGCCCUUGGCAUGGACGAGGCCGAGAGCCCCUACGAGAACAUGGCAUCGGGGCCGGCGCCCGCGGGGCCGGCUGGGGAAGGGGCCCUGGAAAGCCCAGGGCCCUGCUCCCGGCGGCGCUGCAUCUCUGCGGGGCUGCUGGUCACCUGCCUGCUGCUGCUGGUGGCUGCCGUGGUCCUGGGGGCCUGUUACUGGCAGGCGACCCGUGAGCUGCGGGACGCGUCCCGGGAGCAGGCGGCCGAGCGCGGCCGCUUCUCGCAGGAGGCGCGGGCGUGGGAGCAGAGCCUGGAGCAGGCGCGCCGGGAGCUGGCGCAGGCACGCGCGGAGCUGCAGCGAGCGUGGCGAGAGGGCAACAGCAGCCUGCUGGAGCUGGGCAGGCAGGAGGCCGAGCUGGCGCGCGUCUCGGGGGCCCUGGCCGGCGCCGAGAGGGAGCUGCAGGACGUGCAGGGGAGGCUCAACACCAGCGAGAGCACCGUGACCCUGCUGCGCUCCUGCACGGCUAUAGACUGCUGCCCCUCGGGCUGGCUGCUCUACCGUGGCAAGUGCCUCUUCGUCUCGUCGGAGAAGAAGACGUGGGAUGACAGCAGAACGGAGUGUGAGAAUAAAUACUCUCAGCUCCUGAUCACCAAGUCCUGGAGUCGCUGGACAGUGCCGAGCUUCCUGAAGAAUGCGGACACCGUGUACUGGAUCGGGCUGCAGAAGACCAGCUUCCCCUGGUACGACUACGGCUGGCUGGAGGAAGGGGAGCCGGACAGCGACGGGAUCACGGAUGCCUGGUUCUGGGUGGACGGCUCGCUUUACGACAGGCCGUGGCAGUCGAAGCUGAACGGGUCCUGUGCCGUAAUCAGCCGCGGGAACAUCAAGCCGGCGCCGUGCAAGGCUCCAGAUGACCUGCAUCUCUGGAUCUGCGAGAAGGCGGCGGGGCCGAGCUCCCCUUUCGGGUGAUGGGUGGUGGCUGCUGGCCACGAACCCGCACCCCUCUGCUUCAGCCCUGCUGCACCCCACGACGGAGCCUGCCCCAUGCGCAUCAGCCCCCUCCUGUGCUGCGGAGCCCUGCCCGACCCCAAACGAGGUGCUCGAGCGGGGCAGCACGUCCCCAAACGCCAGCCCCAUGCCCCCAAGAGCGAGCCCCCGUGGCCAGCGCCGCCACCGUGCAGUAGCCCCAGCCCUGAGGCUGGAGCAGGGGAUAGCACGGCGGCACCUGCCUCCGCCACGGUGCCCACCCCACUUUUAGGCUUUUAGGAUGGCCGCAGCUUUCAGGCAGCCCAUGGAAAGCCACGGAGCCCAAGGAUGGAGCCAUCACCAGCACUGGCAUUUAGGAUUUUUCCUGCUAAUUAGGGAGUAGAGCAGUGACCUUUAGGAUCGCACCGUUUUGAUAGCAAAAGCAGCGCCAGCGCUCGCAGUGGAUGGACACGAGACAAGUCACCGGGGAUUUAAAUAGCUGCUACACGUGCAACAUGGCCCUGAUUUACGUUCAGCCUGGCAAGAGCAGAGGAAGUCAUGUUCAACCAGGCAAAGAUGCUCUGAGUUUAUUAUCGGGCCGUGCGUGCCAUUUAUAGCCAAUUAAUUGGUAUGUAAAUCACUCUGUUUGAAGAGCACAGGGCUGUUACAGGCGGGCGUUUUGGAGGUGCACGUGUCACUCCUCUGUCUUGUCCACUGGCUGAACCCACUUUGUAGCAAAUAAAGAGCUUGUCUGCUGAUUGCCUCUGCCUUUACCACUCCGAAACAGACUCCAGGGCACCAACCCAACGAUCCCAAACCAGAAACUGGAAUUUCACCAAAGCUGCCCCAACUGAGGUGGCCACUUUGGGGACACUCAG